UUUACACCGGAAGCGAAGCGCUGCGUGUAGGGCACGGCGGCUGGAUGUUUGCCGCGGUGGGAAAUGCGAUUUGAAGCAGUGACCAAAACAAAUGAUAUAACUAAAUAUCUGUGUUAAUUAUUCUGUGUUCUUUCGGCACAAUUCGUUAUGUGAGGCCAUAAUAGUAACGCCCUCCGCGCAUGUCACAAACUGGUCCCAGGAUGUUGGUCGGCUACAGCAGCAGCAGCUCGGAGGAGGACAGCGAGGCGGCGACCGACCGAAUCAAAAGGUGUUCUCCGAAGUGUCAAGAGCAAGAUGGAGGUGGCAAUGCCAGCCCGGCGAGGAAGAAACACAAAAUUGAAGAACAGGUUUCUAAAACUAGGCUGCCUCUUCCUGGUAUCCUGUUGGACAUGUUUCCAGAGGAUGUGGGCUCUCAGGCUGAAGACAGCUCUCUUCAUGGCGGACGCGUCCGCUCUUUCAAACAUGAAAGAGGCAACUGGGCCACCUAUGUUUAUCUACCAUACCAUCCCGAGGAGGAGUUUGGGGAGCUAUUGGAGGAGCUGCUCUCGAUAGCCGGGGCCCACGGUGCGGUUUGGACCCCACAAGAGGAGCUCCACCUCAGCCUGUCUCAAACGGUGGUGCUCCGACACCACUGGAUCCAGCCCUUUAACCGAAGCCUCAGGGCCGGCCUGGUGCACUGCAAGAGGUUUGUUUGUUCGGCAGGGAGACUGAGACUCUACAGUAAUGAUGAGAGGACGAGGACAUUCCUGGGGAUGGAAGUGUGUACCGGUCAUGCUCCAUUGUUGGACCUGGUCCAAGCAGUGGACAGAACAAUGAAGGAGUUUCGUCUGGAGACAUUUUAUAAGGAACCAUCUUUCCAUGUGAGUCUGGCCUGGUGUGUGGGAGACUUGACCGCACAGUUGGGGCAGUGCCUUCAGGAGAUGCAGAGAGUGGUUGAUGACCACGAAGAGGGACCAUUUCUGCUGCGGUUGGACUGCGUGGAGCUGCGCUGCAGGACAGGAAACAAGACCUUCCGCUUCCCUCUGGAGCCCUGAAAUUUGACACUCUUAUUACUCGACCUUUACUACUUUGUAAAUGUUGAAAAACUUUAAACCUGCAAGAGCUGGAAACAAAGAUGAUUAAGGCUCUGUGGUAAAGCUUAUUUUAAAAAUAUGAAUUGUAUUUUAAUACUGUAAAUGAAUAAAGUUGCAACUAGUUUUGUACUUCCUUUUGCGUGGGACGGUACUGAUGCCACGAGGUGUGAUCAGCGUUCAGGGAGGUGUCUUUUUCUCGUACGGGCGACAUGCAAAAGUCUGCAGUUUUGAAUCCUCGCAGAGUGGUUUAUAAUUUACCUUAAUGGCAUUAACACAGGCCAUGUAGUUACAGUGUUUAUUAAAUCCCAAGGCUCAACUGUCCUGGAGUGCAAAUAUCUCAUUUCUUCAAGUGUGAAGAAAUUGGUAUUUGAUCUCUAUAUAUCUAUUUAAAGAUAUAUAUAUCUAUAUAGAUAUAUAACUAUAUUUUAACAGGAUUGCACUGAAGACUCAAUAAAAAUAGCUGCGCAGCAGUCAAGAGGCAGAGGACGGUAUCUAGUAAUGUUUUAAUAAAACAACAGAUAACGUUUAUUAGCCCGUUCCCCAAACUAAUUGAACUUUGUAAAUCAGGGAUAAACCAUCUUAUCUUCGCAGUAGUUUCUUUUUUUAUUGCCCAUUAA